UUCUUUAGGGCUCUGAAACACACAGAGGCUAAUAGUUUUUAAACAGAAAGUUUUUUCCACCUUCUAAAAACACAUAUUCACACACAGAGGCUAAUAGUUUCAAACAGAAUACCACAAUCAGCAGGCAUUCCUUUAGAAAUGGGAUUCUUAAUUCUGCAACAGCUAUACAGAGGGGGGUUACAGUUAGACCCCCUACAGUCAGCAGAAGAGGUCAUCCUUAUCAAGAGCAUCUCAAUUGUACUGCCAUAGUUUUCAAUACAAACAGUCUCCUUUAUCUUAUGGCAGAGUGCCGGCGGUGCCAGGUCCAUCGGUGCCACCAUACCUUUUAUCAUGCCAUUACACUUUCUACUGACCAUCCUCCAAACAGGCAUCACCUUUUGUUUACACCUGAAACCAACCCCAACCCCAAGGGACUGUAAUGACACCUCCUAGAGGACUGCUCCAAUACAUAUAAAAACGGUCUCUUUCACCAUAUGGAACAUCAACAGCGCAACCUAAAGAACACCUCUAACUAGCUAACUAAGGAGUGCAGGAUGACGUCUGUAUCAACCAUGACGAGCAGCCUGGACAUCGCCCAAGCCACAGAAGCUCUAGAGCGAGACAUGCAAGCGUGGGACCUCUCAGACUCCCCACCGCCUGCGCUGCUAAUCCAGACCCCACCACCUCCUCCCCCCUCUCCUCAGCUGCUGCAGGAUCCUACAGGAUCGGCUCUGUGUGAGGAAACCAUUAUCGAUAUCAAGCUUGCAACCCAUCACCUGGUGAUGUUGGCAUUAAACGCCUUUCUACAGGAAACAUGCUAUGGAUGUCGAACAGCUCAACCCAGUCAGGUGCAACACAGCUGUUUGUUCGAACUGCCCGAGUAUUACUUUGACACAUACUACGACGAUGUGAUGCUGAGGCUCAAGACAUUCCGAUUCAUCCCUGCCAUUCGCCUGUUUGUACGCUCGUACACAGACGAUGGGACUAAAACACAAUUCAGCAGAAUUGCAGAACACACCAUGACUGAACUGAGAUCAUCACAACAUAUAGUAUGCGCAAUUAACGACAAUAUUGCACAGCUGCUAGAAGCAAGUCGUUAUGCCCGUCGUGUUAAACCAGCCAUGCUUCGCAUGAUUGGUAACUAUUGGGCUGGGAGACACCUGGUUUAAUGUAUGUUGUUCAGUAUUCAUUGUCUGUGUGAAUGAAAUAAAAAGACAUGUCAACACCGACAUCUUAGUCAUUUGCGGUCGAUUUUGCUUAUACAAUAGAGAAAAGCAACAAUACAGAGUGUUUCUCUGCUCCAAGACAUCGGUGGGGCCUUUCACACGGUAAGCAUGACUGUUAUACCCAGCGCAUAAAUGUCUGUAUGUCAGUGCUGAUUAU